AUAUUCAGGAUGCAAAUAGAGAGCUCAAUAAAUCUCUGCAAUUGCUGCUAAAGGGUUUUUUUCGUAAAUUGGUGAACUUAAAAGUAAAAACAAAAGAUAUGGAUAUUUUUUUGGCAAACGUAUUUCAUUUCCAUGGUCGAAAUCUAACCGUCUCUCAAUCGACUUCUUCUUAUCUGAAUUUUAAAACAUUUUCCAGUGAUGAAUUGCAGGUGGACGUAAAGGAGUUAAUCAUCAAGGAACAUUAUACGUCGCUGUAUAUGUUGAUACCUUCUUUAACAAGCAUAAACAACACGGUCAAAACAGAUAUGAGCACUGGCCUUUCUAGCUUGAUUGAAAGAUUGUCAACAAGCGAGGGUAUGGAUAUACUUCGGAAAUUACUGUCUUAUGCAGAAAGAGAUAAACCACUGUCUAUCGUUAUUCCGCCGACCUUCGAAAUUGAAAAGUAUCUGGAUAUGCGUGCACUGUUGCGGGAACUAGGCGUCGAGCAAUUAUUGACGUCCGACGCGAUUCCUUUGGACCACAUCUUCAUGGCAGACUAUCAAAGCGUGCACUUCGGCAAUGCCGUGCACCGUGCUCGUGUCAAGGUCACGCAGGAGGACGUCAAGGCGGCUGCAGUAACCGUGAUCAGCGGACAGGAACCUUGUUCGAACGACAUUAUAAUCGACGUGGAUACCAAUUGUCCAUUUCUUUGGUUAAUUUACGAUAAAAUGAACGCAGAUAUUCUUUAUAUCGGCGUCUUUAAUGAAGUUGGCAAGCCCGUUUCUUGAAUUGGGUUGACAGAUACAAAUCCUAUCAAACGAACUGCUCAUUUUAGGAGUUUAUUGGAAAGUCUUCAUAAUUAUGAUAACAAAUUUAAGGGAAGCCAGUUUUGAAGCUUUAAAAAAUAUGAUUUUCAAGAAUUUUCUAUUGGAAAAACUUUACAGCGUAUUAUUUGGAAAUAUUUAGGCAAUUGUUAUUAAA